CCUCCCGCCCCCACACUCAGCCCGGAGGGGCCUCAGCUUUUCCACCGCUGCUUUCUGGUCCUUUAAAUCCUAGAGGCAAAUUUUGGGGGGAAAGGAAGGCUGGGAGAGGCCUCCGCCUUAACCCUCUCUGCCCCAGAGGGACUGAGCUGGGCUGGGCAGUGACUCUGCGCCCCUUUGGGUUCCUACCAUGGCCCCCGAGAGGGGCUGACACUUCAGUGCCCGGUGGAGGUGAGAUCCGCCCGGAGGAAGAAGGAAGACGGCGCAGGGCCUGGGACUGGGAGGCGGAGGCAGGCUCCGGACCAAGAAGAGGAGGGUCCCAGCUUGAGCCGGAGCCUGAGAGCUCGCCUGCCCGGUUCUUCGAGGACCACGAGAUGCCGGUGCUGAAGCAGCUGGGCCCCGCGCAGCCCAAGAAGCGGCCGGAGCGCGGGGCCCUGUCCAUCUCCGCGCCGCUCGGCGACUUCCGGCACACUCUGCACGUGGGGCGCGGCGGCGACGCCUUCGGGGACACUUCGUUCCUGAGCCGCCACGGCGGCGGGCCGCCCCCUGAGCCCCGGGCGCCGCCCGCGGGGGCCCCGCGCUCCGCGCCGCCGCCCGCCGUGCCGCAGCCCCCGCCGCCCGCCCUCCGCGCGCCCGCGCCCGCCGACCCGCUGCUGUCCUUCCACCUGGAUUUGGGCCCCUCCAUGCUGGACGCGGUGCUGGGCGUCAUGGACGCGGAACGCCCGGGCGCCGCCGCCGCCAAGCCCGACGUGGACCCCGGCUCCGGGGCGCAGCACCCCAGGGCCCGCUGCCUCCCCAACGCGGACCUCGAGCUGGACGACGUCAUCGGCCUGUAGGCACCCCCAUUCCCGGCGCCCUUACCGUCCGGCGCCCCACUUCUUUAUGCAUAA